GGUCUUGGAGAGGUAUUGGUCAGCCUGUGUUCGGAAGUCCCAAUUCAGUGACUGUUUGCUUCAGUGACACAGCAUCAUGGUAAAAGCAAUUGUCAACGGCAAGGUUCUGGCAGAGUCCGGUCAGACCGUCAUCGUCGAGAACAACCACUACUUCCCUCCUGACACUGUUAACAAAGACUUCUUUUCACCUUCUUCCACCAGCUCCGUAUGCCCUUGGAAGGGGACUGCAGCAUACUACGAUGCCACAAUUGAUGGUAAUACGAUCAAAGAUGUGGCAUGGUAUUACCCUGAGCCGAAGGCCGCGGCUAGUAACAUUAAAGAUCAUGUUGCAUUCUACAAGAACAAAGUGACCAUAGAAGCUUGAGGAAAGUGAAGUUUGUAAAACAACAGAUUCGAUUUAGUCA